GUCCGCCGGUUUCUCACAGGGACGAGGAGGCACGCUUUAUCCACAAAGAGGACCAAAAAACACAGAGGACGGGCUAACUGAAAACAUGAAACGGGACGUUUGUUAGCCAAAUCGAAGCUACCGAGUUGGUAUCUGCCGGCUCUUUUCUCCUUUGUUUUCGGUGUAAACUUCAGCUCUGUCAGCGUUUUAACCCAACCGACCACCCACCCCUCUCACACGCCACCUUCGACACGGGUUGUCCCUGUUUGACUUUCGGGGGAAGAGACAUUUUUUACCGGGGUGAAAGGAAAAGAAAGGCUUUAACUUCGCCGUGUGCCGUAAAGACAACUGAAAUCAAAGAAAAGUGGUGGCAGCCCUCAGACAGGACACUUCGUAGUCAGUGGGAUGUUAGAGCUCUGGGAGCAGGACUGACUGAAGGAGCAUGGUGAAACACCAACCCCUCCAGGUCUAUGAGCGCCAACUGUGUUUGUCAUGUAUCACAGGGAUCUACGGUUGCCGCUGGAAACGCUAUCAACGUUCCCAUGAUGACACCACCAAGUGGGAGCUGCUGUGGUCCCUCAUCCUCCUCUUUACCUUCUGUCUGCUGCUCGUCUGGUUCUACUUCUGGUGGGAGGCACAUAAUGACUACAAUGAGUUCAACUGGUUCCUCUACAACCGCUCUGGGGAGUGGAGUGAUGGCACUGUUCCCAUCCUGGCCACCACUGCUGCUGGCUUUACCUACAUUGCAUUUUUAAUGGUUUUAGCACUUUGCCACAUUGCACUUGGGCAACAGUUAAAUUUGCACUGGCUCCAUAAGAUAGGAGUGACUGCUGCUCUACUCACCACCAUUGUUGGGGUGAUAUCUGUCAAUCAAACAUGGGGGCAAGAGUGGGAUGUCGUCCCCAUCUCACUGCAGGCCACAGGUCCCUUCCUGCACAUAGGUGCCCUUGCUGCUGUCACAGCGCUGUCUUGGAUUGUGGCUGGACAGGUUGCUCGCGCAGAAAAAACAGUGUUUCAGGUGGUGGUUGUGCUGCUGUAUCUCAGUGUGUUGCUAGGACUCUACAUUGUGCCCCUGUACAUCACCUCCCCCUGCAUCAUGGACCCCUCCAGCCUCAAACAACGCCCUGAUGUCAUCGGCCACCAGGGAGCACCAAUGCUUGCUCCAGAGAACACACUGUGGUCCUUCCAACGAGCUCUGCAGAUGAACGUCACUGGGUUGGAGGCUGACGUGGCUAUCAGUGUAGAUGGAGUGCCAUUCCUGAUGAAAGACCACACCCUGCGGAGGACCACAGACGUAGUGAAGGUUUUCCCAGACAGACAAAUGGAAGAUGCUUCAUUCUUCAACUGGACAGAUCUGCAGCAGCUCAACGCAGGGCAGUGGUUCCUCAAGGAUGACCCCUUUUGGACUGUGCACACCCUGUCUCAGCGUGAGAAGGAUCUGAUUGCCAACCAGAGUGUGUGCAGCCUGGAGCAGCUUCUAAAGCUGGCUUCCUAUCAUAACAGCACAGUGGCUUUCCGGCUGAGGAGGCCUCCUCCGGAGCACCCCUGCUACCACAGCUGGAUCAAUGAUACACUGCAGGCUGUGCAGCAAUCUGGCAUUCCUCAGAGCCUGGUGAUGUGGACUCCAGAUGAACACAGAGCUCAGGUGAGACAGCUGGCACCCGCUCUGAUUCAGACCUCAGUGGAGAAACGGAGUCCUCAAAGCCUUCAUCAGUAUGGCAUCAGUAGGCUGCUGCUCAGAUACAACCAGGCCAGCACAUGGGAAAUCAGAAACUUCUCCCAGAGCAACAUCAACAUCACCCUGUACACCAUCAAUGAGCCCUGGCUGUUCUCGGUACUCUGGUGCAGCGGGGUGUCUGCAGUCUCCUCAGAGGCCUCACAUAUCCUCAAAAAGGUGCCUUACCCCAUCUGGCUCAUGAGACCAGAUGAAUACUGCCUGAUGUGGGUGUCUGUGGACCUCAUCUCCUUUGCUAUAGUCAUAGGAAUAUUCAUUUUCCAGAACUAUCACAUGAUCAGGUACCGGAUGAGUGGUAUGCGCAGCUACAACCCUGAACAGAUCAUGCUGAGCGCCGCAGUCAGGAGGUCCAGCAGAGACCUCAACGUCAUGAAGGAGAAACUCAUCUUCUCAGAGGUGGGGAACGGAGUCGGCAGUGCUGAGGAGCUGUACGUGGACAAUGGUUACGACUACUACACCAAUCAAGGCAUCAGCCAGUGAUUGGGAGACUGUGUGAAUCGGCUGUAGUGAUGCGGAGACGACACCGCUCUAUGUGUUCACAUCAUUCCUAUUCCAGUAAGUGUGAAGUCUGGUCUCCCCGUCUCUCCUACUGAUUACCUUACAGACUGCUGUAUCUGAUGGCGAAAACAACCACCCAGUUGCUUUGUGUACAUUCUGUAAAUACUUUUUGCUUGUCAGACAUACUGUAUAUCACAUGGAACUACACGCACUUUUUAUUAAUGGAAUUCACCAAAUCUGUGGCCGCCUCCUCUUGCAUCUAACUUUCCGAGAGGUCCCCAGGAGUUACCAAUGCUUACUUCUUUUUAAACGUGUUUCUUUAUACAUUUUAAGCUAAUUUUCCAAAGCAGUUUCUUGAUUUUAACCACUGUAUGAUAUUCUUCUCUUAGCAGAUGAAUUUUAUUUGAAUGAGGCUUUAUUGCAGCAUGAGUCUUAACGCUAACAGCUCAUUAUGCUCUUGCCUUCUGUCAGCACUCCACUGUGCUGUUGUUCAUAACAGUACUAGAGUUAAUAUUUAUAUUUAAAGAGAAAAACAAACAAAACAAAAAAAAACACGAACAAGCUGUUUACAGAAGUCCUGCCUUCUCCUCCAAGUGAAAUAUUCACAAGGUGUAUGUAAGAUAAUUAUUUUGAUAGAUGCCCCCCAGCCCCGCCCUCCUUUUGAGCAGUGCAUGUAAUCGUAUUGAUCAUAUCAACUGAUGUAUGUGAGCUGUGCUCCCAGUGCACCAGAGGAACUGGUGGAAAUGGUUUGGGGGUGAAGAUUUAUCUUUUAUGGUUAAAGUAAAUGUGUUUGGGUUUUUUUUUUUUUAAAAGAUGUGAAAGGUUUAAUGUGUGUAUUUUGGCUGGGUAUAUAUUUUUUACCCUGUGUGCAGUGCUAUGUUGAGUAUGUUAUUGUACAUGGUGAACCAGUGUGUGAGAUGCUCCAGCCAACCAAGCAUUACAUUUAAAAAACGUGACUGAUGAUUAAUAAUUACAAUAGAGAAAGACUGGUCACAGUGGACGUCACUUCACGUCCCUACGCAGCCUCUGUAUUGCAGUAACCUCUGUGGUAUUUUAGUGUUGACAGACAACAUGCAUCUAAAUGUUGGUUGCUGGUGUAAACUGACUGCUGUAAGGUUACUGAAGUGGGUGCUAAAUGUGAAAAUAUAAGCUCUAAGCUUAUUGAAGGGACGCUACAGGGAUCACAACAGGGUCAAGAAAUCGAUUGCCUUUUGUGUUUCUUUUCUUUCUUUGGGUGUUACUGUGCCUCAGAAGUAAACAUUAAAAAAAACUUCUAAUACAGGAGUUUUCUAUUUGUGUUUUGUUCUGUCAGUUGUUGUAAUGAGGGGUCUAUGCAGUGAGUUGUCUUAGGGCUCACGGUUCUGCACUUUGACCACAGGAGGGUGACAACACUCUUUUUAAAUCAUGGACUUAUAUGAUUGCAUCUGUGCUCUACAUACACUCUGGGCAGCUGCAAUCUGAAUUAUAAGCAGGGCUAAUGUAGCUCAUCAGUUCAGAAGGAGAGCUUUACUAGCAAAGUAGCACACUUCAUUAACAGGACAUUGAUUUCAGAGAAGAAUGUAAAGGUUAAUUCUUAACUGUCAAUAAUAGACA